AUGGACACGCGAUCGGUGGUGCGAAGCUGUCGAAGGAGUACAAGGCUGACGGGCCAGCCUCCUCAGGACGAACGCGUCAAACGACCUACCACGGGUAAGAGACGCGACUCUGAUCACUACAAGUCAGCCAAGAACAGGAGCGACACGUCUCGCGAGGGAAGCUGCCCCCAGAUAGAUUCAACUUCGAAAGCAUCCUCGAGCAACGAUGUCCACCUCGCGAUUCCCGACACCAAUGCGACCAAGGCAGUCGUAAAGAAAGACGAGGAAGGCCUCGCGCUCCCACUAUUUCCCAACCUCCGUUCUUCCAAAGCAAAGCCCACCCAGAGCCCUGAAGUUCAGACUGAUCACACUACUGCGCCCCAUCAGGACUCAGUCGACACUUCCUCUGACAGAGCCAUCAAAGGUCAUGCGAGCAGGAAAUGGGUCAAGACAGAGAGGGGUUCUAUACGGCUUGCCAGCGACUCUGAGGCAGAGGGCACGAAGAACAAUGCAGACAAGAAAUCAGUUGAGGUUGAAGAGGGACAACAUGCCUCAUCUGUGACGGCUAGACGACGAAGCAUGAGGCUGGCGAGUAUGACGCCUGGUGUUGGGGACGAGACGGCCGAUGUCUCCUCUCGACCCGCAGGGAGCAAGACCAAAGCUAUCGCCACCACGCCAUAUUCGCCCGAUGCUGUUUGGUCUGAUGCAGAGCAGGAGUCGGAGCCAGACUUGCAAGACAUGUCCACUCGAGCGACAUCUGAGCACGAUCUCAUCACUCACCUGACUCACCAUGAUGAGCUUUCCAUUCACGAUGGGAGAACCGACGGAAUCCUCCAAGAAGCCGAACUCCAGCAGAAUACGUCCCCGAUCCCCGAGCUCGUAGCUGAUAUUGAAAAGAUCGUCCUGUCCAGUCCCAUUGCUGGCGGGAACUCAGCAAAUGAUGGCACCAGAGCCACAAAGGCUUCGACUCCGUCCGAGGCAUUGAGGAAGCGAGCACCUGCCAGGAUGGCAACCAGGUCCAGAACUCUCCGUAGCUCCUCGCGCUCCGUUGAGAAUACUAGCAAGAUCGGCAAGGAUCUGGGUUCCGAGCAGACAGACUCUGAGUCUUCACAACUCGACGGCGCCUUUGAUGACAGCAUCCGAGGUCGAAGAAAGAAGAAGGCACAGGCAGCGGAUGGCACGGCCACCACAGCCAAGCCCAGAGAGCCCCGUGGCACCAAGCGAAGUGCGAAGGAGCUGUCUCAAGAUGAGGGAAAUCCUGAUACUCCGGGUCCCCGGCAGCGUCGGAAGCCGAACAACGACGAGCCAAAUCCCGAGGUCGACCUCAGCUCAGCCAACCCAAUCGAGACUGCCACUUCUCGAGAUUCCUUCUCAGUCGACCACCCCGAAGUUGAAUCCCCUCUGAACAUUGGCGAGUUCGCGCGGCGCAGCGACGAGCCUGCGAAUCCGGUCAUGCUUGCCCAGAUGCUCAGCACAAACCCGGAGAGGGCGGACAGCGACAUUGAUUCCAACGCAGCCGACAAUGGCUCCGAGGGACUGAGCCAACAGCUUAGUGACAUUGAUUCCACCGCAGCUAACGACGGCUCCGAGGGAGUGGGCGAGCGCUUGAGCCCUGUGAUCGAUACACCCAAGUGCGCGGACUGCGGCAGGGCACCCGAGCGGUACCUCAUCUGCGCCAAGUGCAAGGAGGCGAUCUACUGCGGCAAGUACUGCCAGAUCUGGAACUGGCCUCAACACAAGAACCGCUGCGCCGCCUCGGAUGAGGCGGACCAGGCCGAGAUCGACUUGCAGGAGGCAUACCUGGGAGAUAUGUGGGCGGCUGCGCUGGGGAUGCUAAAGGAGGAGAAGAUGGCCGGAGGCACGCUGGAGUCGCUGUUGCUGGGGGAGGCCGUCCGGCACUCGCACACUCGCAGCGCUCGUGGAUCUGUUGGCUUUGAUGUUGAUGCCUCCCAGUCGACGCCGGGCGAUCAGCAAGCUGUGGAUAGGACGCGGGCGAUGUCGAUGCGGCUGGCACAGGCUGAAAUGGGAGGCGAUGAGUAG